AUGUCGACAACGCCGUUGCCACCACCGCCGACGAACGUGCUUCCCGAGCAUGUCUCACCUCAUACUCCGUGUGCCAGCGCCUUACGUGACCUGAGGAAAAUCAUGGUCGGUGAUCUGGGCCUUAAAAAUCACCAUAGAGGAAGCUAUCUUCUGUCGAGAUCACUCGCCUCGCCUCGCCGAACUGAUGCUGGUUUGGUGGCCGUUGUUGAAGAUGAAAACAAGAACUUGAUUGAGAUGUCCUUGCACCACCAAGCAGAGGAAGAUGAGCGCGCCGGAGAAGAUUUUCUGGGUAUCGGAAAGGUUCUGAUCGUCAAAGAGCCAUACAUUGUCAAGAUCAUCGACGACUCGGACGAGGAGAGACUUGCUAUUCGUGUUGAGCAUGCCUCAGACGUCAUAUUUCUUCCAGAAUGGGAUGAGAGGAUCCCCAAUUUCUGGCAGAAAUAUAUCGUGCCAGAUCUCAUUCCGGUAUCCAUGUGGAAAGCUCAGGGCAACUUCCACUUUGGCAAAGCCAGGUAUUUCUCUGCCAUUGAAUGCUACACGAAAGCCCUUGAAGGUUGCCCGACAGCAGAAGAGGCUCAGAUACUUCGACUGAAUCGUGCUCUUGCUUUCAUCAAGUCGAAACACUUCGAUGGUGCGCUGUCCGAUCUGGAUUCUGCAUCAAAGAUUCAGAAGCCAAACGAAAAGGCUCUUUUUCGCAACGCAUCGGCUUUAUAUGGCCUCGAGCGAUACCGAGACUGCUGCGAGACUCUCAAAACUCUCUGUCUAGAGUACCCAAAAAAUGGUGAGGCACGAGCUGAACUGACCCGAGCUAUUAAUCGACUUGCUGAGCAGAAGUACGGCCGGUACUCUUUCAGUCAAUUAUACAAGAAGGUGUCCAUAGAUGGCCCACGACUCCUGGAUCAAGCCACCUUUAUCGGUCCCAUUUGUGUCAAGGCCGCCGGUUUCCGAGGGCGCGGUCUUUUCACCACCAAGCCAGUCAAGACCGGCGAGCUUCUUCUAUGUGAAAAGGCGUUUGCGUAUGCACCCAAGACACAGGUUGACGUGGCUAUAUCGAUCCUAUCACCAGGUUAUGGGAUCGCAACAGAGGAGAAGCUCACCACAGUCGUCGUUCAGAAGCUCUAUCGGAAUCCCUCUUUAAUCCCAGCCAUCACUGAUCUUCAUCACGGCUCAUACAAGCCCGUUGAUGUUGCGGAGGUUGAUGGUACACCGAUCAUUGAUACUUUUCUUGUCAAGCGAAUCAUAAACCUGAAUGGCUUCGACUGCCCUCUCUCUGAUCGAGAAUCAUACAUGACAAAUCCUCUUGACGGGAUGGAUCUAGUGAAAAAGCCAGAUGAGAUGAUGUCGCAGGGCUGUGGCCUUUGGCACAUGGCGUCGUAUAUGAACCACUGUUGCAUAAGAAACGUCGGCCGCGCCAUCAUUGGGGAUAUGAUGAUUGUCAGCGCCACAAAGGAUCUCCCAGCUGACACCGAACUCACGACCUGGUAUGCAAUACCCAGUGCCGAUAACCACACUGAACUCCAGACUACGCUGGAUGGCUGGGGAUUCAAUUGUGACUGCGAGAUGUGCAAGGACCAUCAAGUCACAAAGGAGAGCGUCUUGUCCAAGAGAAAAAGUCUGAGAGCUGAUUGUCAAGAAUGCGCCAAAGAUUUCGAGGAAAUGAAUGUGGCCAAGAUGGAGUCUCUCUUUCGGGCACUUGAAGACACACACAGUCGACCGGCUUCCGAAGUACCACGUCUCAGUGUCUACGACGUCGCUCUGAUCCUUGCAAGGCUCUACAUGCGGAAGACGGAUGCAUACGAGACCAUCAAUUGGUCACUGAAAGUUUUAUCAUCUCUCGGGUUUUUCAUCGAAGGAGGAAAUAUGCCGCGGAUUGCGAAUCCACCUGAGCCGUUGGUGGUCCGUCAAUGGGGGUUGGGUGUGGGAGUCUGCAUCGAAUGUUGGUUGAUGCUCGCCAUUGCCUAUUUUCACGUCGCACCUGACCUGGAAAGUCAAGCAUGGGAGUGCGCAAGACUGUCGUACAAGAUCUGUACUGGUUAA